AUGAUUGUUAAAUUGAUUAAAAAAAAAACAUCAACUGCCACCUUUAUAUCAACUAAUGAUUUGGAUACAGCUUUCGCACAGAUUAAUUCAAUUAUUAAUUCUAUUUCAAAAAGUGAAUAUCAAUUCUUAAAACAAUGUAAGAAGUAUUUCAACUAUGAAGUACCAACUGAAAUUAUCUUGAAUACAAGUGAAGAACGUGCUUAUUAUAUACCUUUAAAACAAAGUAUAGGACGCAUGCUUCAAAAUGAACAAUUAUUGAAGUCUAUAAUUGAUAAUAUCAAUUCUUUGUCGAAAUAUGUAGCUAAAGAUCAAGAUCUGAUCUUGUCAAAUCGACAAGGUCAUUCAAUUAUAUCGAAUUUAUCUCGUCAAGCAAAUCCAAAUGUCCUCUUACUUAAGCUAUAUACAGAUGGGAUCUCUGUUACUAAUCCUCUUGGUGCUAAACGAGAUUCCCACAAGUUUACCUGUUUUUAUUAUCUCUUGGACGAUAUGCCAGAAAUUAUUCGUUCAAAAGUAAAUUAUAUUGGAUUGUUUUGCAUGUGUUAUACAAAGCACUUAAAUGAUCAGAAUAGUCGAACAAUAUUAAUGGAUGUACUGGUAAAUGAUUUGAAUAUGCUUCAAAAUGAAGGCAUAACAAUUGCGUGUCCUUCGAGUAGAAUAUAUUUCGUUUUUUCAACUGUAUGUGGUGAUAAUUUAGCUGCCAACGAAAUUGGAGGAUUUCAGAAGACAUUUAGUUCAGGCAGCUUUUGCCGACAUUGUUAUAUUACAUAUGAACAACGACUUAUUCCAUUAACUGAUAUAUCAUUUGUACCUCGAACUAGAUCAAAACACGACAUGAUUCUCCAUCAGAUUAUCAACAACAACAAUGAUCAAACUAUACAAGGGGUUAGAGAUGAAGAUAUCGAUGGUGCAACUGUACUUUUACUACAACAGGAAGAUAUUGUGAAAAUAUUUCCUCGAAUAAAAGACCGAGUAAAAUUUGUUGACGAACGUAAAAAAUUGAUAGAAAAUUUCAAGGAACAUCGUACAGAUACUGAUGAAAUUACAGAUGUACCACAACAUAAUGAUUUACCAAAUUCAUCUAUUUUAGUAACGACUGAAGAAAAUCAAAAUGAUCAAACAGGUGAUGAUAUAUCAUCAAAUAUUGAUUGUCAUGACAAUGAUGAUUUUCAUGCUAAAUCGCGGCUGCCCACAGAUUAUACAGGACCAACUUUGUCUGUAAAAAUGCAAUAUUACAUUGAUAAAAAUGAUCUUUCAAAAUUUUAUCCACAUACAGCUUUACGUGCUGAACUUCUAUCAUUGCUUUUUGACGAUGUCACCAACAUACAUCAAUUACUUUAUCCUAAUCACGAUGAAUAUAUAGUUAUGGCGAAGUCUAUCGUUCAAAAACUAUCCAUUCCACCAGCUUUAGUUCGUGAAGUUAUAAAAGAAUGGCAUGAAGCCAUUAAGCAAAAAUUUAAACGAGAGCGUCGACCUUUACAAAUGGAUAAUGAUUUAGCGAAGCAUAAACAAAUUCAAUAUGGUAAUGGUAAAACAAAAGGUCGACCAAAAAAAAAAAGCGUUGUUGCACAAGCAGAACGUCGAACGAAAGACAUACCAUUUAUAAAUUUAACUGAUGUUCAAAAUGAAAAUCUUUUGUCUUUGGCUAAUCAAAUGAAAAUUGAAUUACGUAGAGAUAAUCCUGAUAAUAAUGUUCUUCAUAAACUCUGGCGCCAAUCUUUUAAUACUCGUCGUAUACAUGUUCGUGAACUUCCAAUAGAUCAAUUACUUGAACAAUAUCCUGGUUAUCAUAGUGCAGAUUUGCUCUUGGCAGAAGUAAAAGAAUCUGUUGGAGUCGAUCUUAAUGAAAAUGUUGAAGUUUUAUUACCGAAAUUUUUCGAAUGUUUACCAGAUAAUAAUUGUUUUUUAUCGGACGUGUUGCCAAUUCGAGUCAUUCGAAUUUUAUGCAAAAAGUUUGGUGAAUCAGUUGGCAAUGUUUUCACUUAUCAAGAAGUACUUGUGCCUUAUCCGUGUAUAAAAAUUCUCGAACACAAGUUUGAAAUUUAUCUUGAUUUUCAUUUUGUGACAGAAACAAAUUUAUGUUCCACAGCUAUUGCCCUGCUCUUAUCACUUUAUUAUGUAUUUGAAAUUCAAUUUGCAAAUCAUAAUAGAUGUUGUAAACUUCUUUACAGCAUCUUAUUUGAAGAUGCACAUUAUCUUAAUAAAUCACUGAAAAACUUGUUAAGUACUUGUAAUUAUAAAAUUAUUAAUAAACCAGUAAUAAAACGACAAGCACUUGUUAUGAACACAACUGAAUGUUUUACUCAACCAUCAACUGAUAAUGAAAAUAUAUUAUCUUCAUCCAAUAAUUUUACUCAAGUAAGUCGUUUGAUCGAGCUUUAA